ACCAAGAAUUCGUUCCUGGAGUGUGUGUGGGAGAUUGGAACAUGGAAGAUGAGGAGGUUACGGAGAACUGGGAGGAAGCAGCAGACAGCGGGGAAAUGGAAAGAAGACUGGAGGAGAAACUGAGGAUCAGCCAGAAAGAGAAAAUGUCGGGUGGCGGUUCUGGACGAUCUCCGUUGAGGACGGCUAUCGUGAUCCAGGAUGACUCCCUCCCCGCCGCCCCGCCACCCCAGAUACGCAUCCUGAAGCGGCCCUCCAGCAAUGGCUCCCUGGGGUCCCCGCUGGCCCCGGCCCGGCCCCUCCCGCAGGUGAAGUCCCUUGCUCAGCGAGAGGCGGAAUACGCAGAGGCCCGCAGAAGGAUUUUGGGCAGCGCCAGCCCUGAAGACUCGCCCCAGGACAGGCCCAACACGGACAGGCCAACGCGAGUGAGCGGCCCCCAGGCCUCGGAGGAUUCCCGCUCAAACAAUCACGUGAUCCGCCAGCCGGCUGGUCCAGACGGUACACAAGGCUUCCGCCAGCGCAGAUAGAGGGGGGGCGCAUCCUGCCUGGGGGGGGAGGAGAGAAGGUGGGGUGAUGGGUGGAUGUCAAAGAGGGGUGGAAAUUCGAAACCCGAUCAAAAUGGCGGUAUCGAUUGAUUUGGAGAGGGGAGAUGUAGAACAAGUGUGCAUGCGUUUUCUCUUCUCUUCCCCCCCCCCCAUCUCCCCCCCUGCCACAGUGUGGUAGCAAGGUUAGGGCAGGAUGCUAAUUACAGGGGAAGGGAGGCAAGGAGUGUGGGGGAACAAACCUCCCCCCUCCACCCCCUCGAUCAACACUGUGAUGAGGACAUUACUUGUUUAGGACACGGUUCACUGUGAUAUCCCCUUUAAGACACCUGCCCCAUGCAAAUUCCCCAUUACCCCACCCUCCUCCUCACCUGCCCCCCCACUCCCACUGUGACUGGCACCCUGUUGCUGGGAGACAACCUUUUGGCCGGGGACAUGACCGACCAAUCCCAGGACAGCCUUGGAUAACUCUGGGAAGAAGGCUGAAAGACUUGAGUGUGUAAGAGGGUGGAGUUUGGAAGCAGUUGAAGAGUGCUGGAGUGCAUCAUUGGAUCAGAGAAACUGAGAGGUGACAGACAGGCACUCUUAUUGGAUGAGAGCGCUGCACUGGGUGCUGGCUUCUCCCAGCAAUAAUACAAAUAAUAUCAUUAAUGAUAAUCAUCCCUUCCUGCACUGUAUACCUGACAGUGUUUUAAACGUGUUUUUUUUUUUUUCUUUUUUUUUUGUAUUUUAAUUUCAAGUUUUUGGUGACUUUGCUAAAUACACUUGUAGUUUUUAAAUUGGGAGUGGGAGAGUUGAGAUGGUAAGCUGAAAACAGUUGUUGGAUUUCUGUACAGUUCUCUUGUUUACGGUUUUGGCUUUUUUUAUUAUUAUUUUGCCUUCCCUGUGUCUUCCUGUCCUGAUUUCUAUUUAUAAACAACAUGAAUUAAAACCGUAAAAUGGAAUGACAGUAUAGUGACAAACAAAUCAGUUAGUCGAGUGAAUUCAGUUUUAAAGCGGUGUUUUUUUUAUUUUGUUUUAUUUUUUGGGGGGGUUGUGAUUUAAGGAAAAGUAUUUUAAUUCAAAUCAGCCACAACAGGAAAUGGAUGUUUGAAAGAAAGCUCAUCCUGUAAAGAAGCGGUACUUGAGGGAACCAUUCGGUCAGACGUGGCCAGAAAGCGAUUUUCUCUGGGUAUUGCUUUUUUUGGUGUAUUUAGAGACUUAAUGAAGAUAUGACGAUAUCCUCCAUACUACUCGUUUUCAUACGUCAGCAGCCAACAGCAUCCGCCAUCCGUUCCGAUGUGCAUUACUAAUAGGACCUCAGGUGCAUGUGAUGGAGAUUGAAGGUGAUCUGUAGUAAGUGAGAAACUUGCAUGGGAAUGGCAGAUUUAGAAAGUUAUCUUCAUUCUCUGAUACAGGUUGAAAAUUAUGGGCACGUUCUAGGAGAUUGUUGAAAUGAUUAUUUUUUAAAGUAUACACAUUUUGUAGUGGGUCACAGAGUUAUUGGACCCAGUGGAAAGGAGAACUGUCCCACUCCUGUGGAGAAGGACAGGACUGGGUGGAGAUUAUACAGGGCCCCCCCCCCUACGGUUUGUGUGUGAAUCAUAGUUUGUUUUGAGACCAAUGUCUUGACUCUGUUUAAUGAAUUGUGCUGGAACCGACAUGGAUUGUAAGCGUUUCACACAGAUGUGUAUUUUUCUUUCUUGCAUUCGGGCUCCCCAGAUUCCCGCCAGAGGGUGCUGUGAUUUUGAACGGCCAUUUUUUUGUAGAUCUCCACCCCUCAUCUCUUUACAUGUAUCGAAUGAUUUACUCCCUUUGUUGGUGAUGUGUGAGUGUUCACCCGGCAGCCUGGUCUGAGACCCUCUGGGGCUGCCUGGGAACUCUGAAAAUGGCCCUGAACUCACAGCUGCCCAGGCGAGCGUUAAAGGUGGUCAGUGUUGGUUUCACCCCCGAGGAAGAACACAAAAUCAGUCUGUAAAUACUUUCAAAGAUGCCCAUUUAAUAAAAACUGAUUUUUA